UAGCCCUAGGCAUGCGCAGAUGCACGCGCACGCUCCUUAUCAUGUCAGCUAACAUCUGGGUAUAUUAACCAUCACGGACUAAGAAUAAACAGAGUUGUUUGAGGUACUGGGUCGGUGUAGUUACUUCGCGACCCUGCGGCUCUCCGACGUAGUUCGGCAGAGCAUGGCGGCGGAUACCACAGUUGGCGACGAGUGGUGAAGUGACCGAAAGCUGAAGCAAUGAGCCUGCACCAACCGCCCGAGUUCCUGCCGACGCCCGGGAAGCCUACCCUUCCGUGGACGCAGUGGCACCGCCUUUUCAAGAAUUAUCUCCUGGCAUCGGGGAGCGACGUCCACUCAUCUGCUCGCCGUAAAGCUUUGCUGUUGCACUGCUUGGGGGUGGAAGGCCAGCGAUUGUACUACGCAUUACCGCAUACAGCGGGAAAAGAAGAAAGCGGCCCGAGCGACGAGUACGAUGCAGCGGUGGCUACGUUGGACGCCUACUUUACUGCUAAAACGAACAUCGUCGUGGAACGGCACCGGUUCGGACAGCGCACCCAACUGCCUGGGGAGACCGCAGCAGCAUUCGUCACGGCACUGCGCGAGUUGGCAUUGUCCUGCAACUUUGGGGAGCAAACUGACGACUUCAUUCGUGACCAGCUUGUAGCGAAAACGAGCAACCAUGUUCUUCGGGAACGCCUACUUCUGGAAGGAACUUCGCUUACGCUUGAACGUGCGCUGACUAUCUCGAACAACAUUGAAGAAGCCACGAAAUACUCACUUGAGCUACAGUCAUCAGCCGCGAGCAUCCAAAAGGUGGAUAAACAUCAGAUGCCAGCCCGUACAGAAGCACGAAUGCCGUCUUCGCAGCACAAAGCGUGUUUUCGUUGCGGGUCUUCUCGGCAUCUCGCAGAUUCCAAAACAUGCAAGGCGCGGGAUAAAACAUGCAGUAAAUGCGGCAAACGGGGACAUUUCCAGCGUGUAUGUCGGAGCGGCAUGCCAGACGAGCGGGCACUAGCUGUCCGAGAGGUCGAUACCUGCAAUAUAUCCGAAGACCUCAACGUGUUGCUUCUCGCCCGGCAGAAAAAAGCAGCAAUACAUGUGGACACCCUCGUGCAGGACGUGCCCGUACGUCUCCUCGUAGACACAGGCUCUGCGGUCUCGAUUCCGUCGGCCGUCACGUAUUCGAGGUUGAAAUGCCCUCCGGUGCAGCCGACCUCAGCGGCACUGUACGAUUUUUCUCGCCGCAGAAUAAGCACUGAGGGGUGUCUUACGGCGCCAGUCUUCUUCCAAGGUCGGCACGCCGACAUACUUUUCUACGUCGUCAAAGGCGGUACGGACAUCCUCGGUAUCGACGCUAUCGAAGCCCUGCGGCUGCACAUCAAUGGGUGCGGACUGAGCUCUCAGUCGUUGGAGACCUCCUACUUCGUGGAGACAAGUUCGUCGCACCUUCAUCUCUCGUAG